GCGGCGGCCGACUCAUUAGUUCACGGAAAGUCUCAUCGUUUGUGAAAGGUGUCUCUGCAGCAGAAGAGUGCCAAAUUUAGUCACAAUGUUCAAGGUAUUUGUAGCGCUAGUGAUGGUCGGUGCAUGUGCAAAUGCUUUUCCGGCCAAGCCCGUAGUUCUACCGGAAUACGAGGAACCUCUGGCGCCAGGUGUGAUCCAUGCCAAUCGAGCCAUCGUCCGUAGGGAUCCGGGAGCCGAUGUCGAUUUUGCCUACCAGGUCAAUGCUCAGGAUUUGAAAUCCGCCAUCGGUGGAAAUUCUCUUCGAAGUGGAAACUCGGAUAUGGCCGUACUCCUGCAUCAUCAACCGGCCGCUCAUCGAUUUGCAUUCCGGGCUUAUCCCAGCUAUUGGGGUUUCGCAUGACGGUUUAUUAGGUUGAUGUUGAAAAUUUAUAGAUUUGUUGCUAAGUUUUUGUGAGGUCUGUGAGUAAAUUUUGUCACCAUCUCGAAGACGAUAUGUACCUGUGUUCGGUUUUCACGUGAUAUUGUGUGUCUCAAAAUGCCGAAUAAAUAUCCCAUUAAACAUGUUUAUUUAGCUAUAUUUCCUAUACAUUGCA